CUCAAUACUGAUUCAAUCUUAGAUCAGACAAGGCUGGUGGUUUGGUGAAGUCUCCUGUAGUUUUUGGUAUCAAUUUACUGAUUCUUGUCGUUCUGGAUUGCGACGUAUCUUAUCUACCAGCAACCUAGCAUCGACUACGGACCACUUUCUUACGAGAAUAUCUUUCCUUUCUCCCCUUCGAAUUAUGGUUGUCUGGGAAAUUAUGGCUUCGUCUUCGAGUUAGUGUCGGUUCUCUAAGAUUAUCACUAGGAACCUGGAUGGACGUGUUCAAAGCGGAUGUGUAAACCAACUGAUAAACAUUAUAGCCAAAGUGUGAUGUAGUAGGAAAAGGGGCUUUUGGUGACUCAGGAUAAUGCCGUACCAGAAAGGGCCUCUCGGCCCAUCACACUUCAAUAGCAGUGAUAAUCUUAUCAAUACCAAGCAUAAUGGUAAUGUCCCCCACGUCCGCCCAUCAAACCUAUCAAUGAUGUAUGGAGGGGAGGAGGAUGAUGUUGACUCCCCUGGGUACCUCAGCAAUGGUGUUCCUGACCACCUGAUAAACGGUUAUGGGGGCGACUCUCAGCAUAACAUGAAACAAGCAGUGGAGUUUGCAGUCAAUGUCAGAAUGAUGGGAGAUGAAAAAAGGUUUGGCUUCUCUGUCAUGGGAGGCGUGGAUGAGGGAUUUGCCCCAAACAUUGACAGCAUUGCCCAAGGAUCUCCCGCAGAGCGGGCAAACCUCAGAAUUGGAGAUGAGAUCUUAGAAGUAAAUGGAACCUCAGUGGAAAACUUCUCCCAUGCUGAAGUCAUCCUAUCUAUACACAAGUGUUUGAAGAACAGAGUGAUUGCAUUGAAGAUUCUCCGGGGUGAUAAUCCCCAAGGAAACUUCUCGACGUUUGUGGAUGGCCCAGAUAGGAAUGGCCAUGUUCAUGUAGACCAAGAGACCAAGCAGAAGCUGAACACCAUUAUCCAUGACCAAGAAAACGACCCUCAGUUUGUGUACUACAACUCUGACGCUGAGACAGCCAGUGUACAUUCAGACCAGGUUGAUGUUCCCUCAAACGUGAGGCCAAAUUCAAGCUGGAUUAGCGAUACCCAAGGCUUGGACAACAACUUUUCAGGGAACUACAAGGCCAGUGAUCCCCUGCAGUCCAACCUUAAGAAGAACAAGUCCUUGUCCACAGCAGUGUUUGACUUGACAAAGCUGGAUGACGAUGAUGAAGGGCCUCCAGCUUGGAGCAUGCAGAACAAUGCGUAUGACACUGAUAGUGAUAACAAUUCAACAAGCGCAGAACAAUCAAGAGUGCAGUCGGUGACUCCAACUCGUUCCCAGUCCACUCCAGACUGGCCACCCGUGGUCUCCACAGCACGUCCCAGUACUUUCUCGCCGCUUCCAGCACAGGAAUCCCCUGAGAUGGCUUGCAUUGAAGCAUUAAGUCCGAAGUUAACGUCUGCGCAUGAUCGAGAGAACUUGGCUAGUGUACAGCGUUACCUAGGCGACAGUGAUGUCCAAAAUGCUACCAAGAUUUACGACAAGAUCAUGGACCUCAAACGAGCAAGAAGUGGGCCAGGCUUCAGUCGGCCCCAGUCUACCAGCGCACAAAACUUGACUUCGCAGAUUUCGGCAGCGCCCUCAACAAGGGACGAAGUUGAACUCGCUAGUUUGUUAAGUUCACCGACCAUGCAGGGAUUAUUGCUUGCACAUGACAGACUAGCGUUCAGGGAAGCUCUACCAGACGAGAACGAGGAGAACGAAGGCCGAGAGUUGAGCCGUCAGAAUAGCAGUGACGCUGACCAGUCGUCUCAGAUGGAGGACGACUCUGUCAAGAUCGUGCGCAUCGAUAAGUCAUGUGACCCGCUGGGUGCGACCGUCAAAAAUGAAGAUGGGGCGGUGUUGAUCGGCAGAAUUGUCAAGGGCGGCGCUGCGGAGAAAAGUGGCCUCCUCCACGAGGGCGACGAGAUCUUGGAAAUCAACGGCGUGCACAUGAAGGGCAAGAGCGUGUCUGAGGUGUGCGAGCUACUCGCAGACAUGAACGGCACCUUGACCUUCCUACUCGUCCCCAAGACCCGGUCCAUUGGCACCCUGUCACGUGACCGGGCGGUGCACGUGCGCGCGAACUUCGACUACGACCCGUAUGACGACGAGUUCAUUCCUUGCCGGGAGCUCGGCCUAGCGUUCAGACGAGGGGAUAUCCUGCACGUUGUCGACCAAGAGGACCAGAAUUGGUGGCAGGCGUGGAGAGCGGGCGAGGAAGGGAAGAAACUAGCUGGCCUAAUUCCUUCCAAGCAUUUCCAACAACAACGCGAAUCGAUGAAGCACACAGUGCCUGCCGACAACGAGAAAACUACAGAAAAGAAGAGGAAAUGCCUAUGUAUAAAGAGAAAGCGAAGAAAGAAAGUGCUAUACAAUGCUCAACAGAAUGAAGUUUUUGAGGUGGAUCAAGUGCUUACGUACGAUGAAGUCGACUUAUUACAUCCGAACCCGUCACGAAAAAGACCGAUCGUCUUAAUAGGUCCGCCCAAAAUCGGCAGGAAGGAGCUGCGACAGCGCCUCAUUCAGUACGAUCCAGAUCGCUUCGCCGGCGCAAUACCACACACAAGUCGCCCCAUCAAGCCAGGUGAGAUAAACGACCAUGACUAUCACUUUGUGCCAAGGCACACGUUCGUGACGGACAUCGUGGCGCAUAAGUUCGUGGAACACGGCGAGCUGCAGGACCAUUUCUACGGCACGAGCUUCGACGCUAUCAAGAUGGUCAUCAACGCGGGGAAGACUUGCAUCUUGAAUUUGCAUUGUGAGGCACUAAAGACGCUUCGUGCAUCAAACAUCAAGCCUUACGUCAUCUUUAUAUCUUCACCAUCAUACGAGCGCGUUCGAGCUCUGAGGAGAGGAAAAAUCGACCCUUUCAACCCCAAGCUAAAUGUCGCACUUACGGACCGAGAGAUCCAUGAGAUGGUGGCCAAAGCCCGCGAAAUGGAGGAAGCGUACGGUCAUUACUUCGACCACACAAUCACUAAUACGGACUUUGAGAGAACUUUUGACGAGCUUAGACAAGUCAUAGCCAGGCUAGAAGAUGAGCCGCAAUGGGUUCCAGUCUCCUGGCUACGGUAACGCACAGUGGGUACCAGUCUCCUGGCCACGGUGACGCACUAUAAGUACCAGUCUCCUGGCCACGGUGACGCACUAUAGGUACCAGUCUCCUGUCCACGGUAGCGCACAAUGGGUACCAGUCUCCUGGCCAUGGUAGUGCACAAUGGGUUCCAGUCUCCUGGCUACGGUAACGCACAGUGGGUACCAGUCUCCUGGCCACGGUAACACACAGUGGGUUCCAGUCUCCUGGCCAUGGUAGUGCACAAUGGGUACCAGUCUCCUGGCCAUGGUAGUGCACAGUGGGUACCAGUCUCCUGGGCACGGUAGCGCACAAUGGGUACCAGUCUUCUGGCCACGGUAACGCAAAGUGGUUACCAGUCCUUCAUGCUACCCACUUUAGAGCGUCGUUAUCAUCCGUUAAGUAAAUUUAUUAUCGAAAACCAAAUGUUUUAUGGAAUGUCGUCUGAAAUUGCAUUUAUUUCAAUUAUAUAACUAUUUUGAGAUUUUACUUUGCUGUUUACGCAUGCAUAUUGUAUUGUACUAGUUCUCAAUUUUUGUUUUAACGGGGUCGGCCUAAAUUGCGUGUUAUAUGAGCUCGCUGUAGACAUAUAUCUUUUAGUCCAACUCUAGUAAUAGCUAUUGAUUUACUAGCCGAAGAUAUGACAAAAGCCGCGAAACUAUAAUCCAAAUGAAAAGAAAGCUGGAAGUUCCACAGUAUUUGUAUGAAAUUUUCGGAUAGCUUUUGUAUUUGGCAGCGGUUUGCUAAUAACGUUAUACAAAAAUUGACGGCUGUAAUCAUAGAUCCGACAUGUCGCGCGCACGAAUAGCCAAUCAGAAAAGAAGUGACGUAAUAGCAGCCAUGCGGUCCCACAAAAUGAAAAAAAUUGGAAUUUGUCGCAGAAAUUCUCGCGCGCUGACGUCGAGUUGAUGCCAAACGUGUUGAGGUACGACUGGUUCUCAAUUUCCACAGACUUUUUCUUUUUAAGAAAAAAUGAGCAACUAGUUAUUUCUGUUAAGAACUCUUAAUUUGGGGUUCCUUUGGGGUAGGGAAAGUAUUUUGACUCAAAAUGGCGGCAAAACAUUCUUUGACCCAGAUUUUACCGUUUUAAAGUCGAUUUGUUGUAAAAUUAGACAAAUUAUACGAAAAAAUUAUAGAUGUCGACCUAAGAGACCAUUUUAUUCCUUUGGCAUUUAAUAUUUUGUAGUGAAAUUUGCCAACAAUGCUUUUAACGCUAAACUCGAGGUGCUCUCGGUUGCAUUUUGCGUUUUUCGAAAUAUUAAAAAAACGGUGCCAUGUCAAAUUCUUGAAAAACAAAAUUUCUUAAAAUAUUGUUGAUAUAGCUCAAAACCCAUUACGCAACCGAGAGCACCUCGAAAAUGUAACAUUCUAGAAGACUGCAAAAAGAAAAUCGCAAAAAGUAUUUUUCCAAAGGAAUAAAAUGCGUUUUCCCAAUUUAGACUCUCAAUGGGGGGUCAACCCUAAUUGGAUUAGGGAAUGGUAUCAGGUGUAAAAAAAAAUAAUGAAAAUUGUUCCUCGAUGAUCAUACUUUGGUGGUACAAGAUUUCAAAACCUGAGCUUUUAUGCACUUGCUUGUACAAUUUUUUCAAAAAAUACCUCUAUUAGCCGAUUCUGAUACCUUAAAAUCUUUAAGAUAGUUAAAAGAGCUUGCUUAUUUUGAAAUAACAUGCAAAUAUGUAUUCAAUGUAUUAGUUUAUUAUAUUUUCUUUCAUGAUAAGCAUGGCUUGAAUUAUCUAUAAUGAAAACACAAAGUCUGAAUUCUUGAUGAGGCGUGAACAUUUUCUAAAAUUACAAAUUAUACAAAAUACAAAAUUUAAUCGACGCAAAACGCCAAAAAACCAUUAAGUCAUUUUCAUUCUAACAGAAUUAUUUUGGUUUUCCAGAAAUGAAAGAAAUCUUUUGGCAUUAUCUUUUUGUAAUUGUUAUCUUUAUACGACAAAGGUGAUGCUUGUAUCUUGAUCAUUACAUUUCAAAGGGAGAAAUGCUCAUUUAUUUUAUAGCCAUUGCAAGAUAAGCUGUCACAUUUUCAAAUGAAUUAUUAAUCACAAAUUCAUCUGCUAUUUAGGCUCGAUUUCCAGCUCGUUUCUAUGAGCCCCCAGUACGUGCCUAUCGACGGCUGGAAAUAGAGCCUAUCUGGUAUUUUGACACAAUAAUUUUGUAGAGUAUCAGCCAUAUUUCAUGAUGUAAAAUGAAUGUUUAUAAAUUUCAUUGACUUGAAACAAUUGCUUUCCUCGUAAGGAAUCUCGCAGACCACAAAAAGUCAAGUAACAUAUAAUAGGAAUCGUAUAUUUUUUUUCUAUGUACGUUAUUUUCCCUCGCAAUUGUCACCAUGGAAAAAAGGCCCUAAACAUGUAAUCAUUCCCGUUAUAUUUGAACUAGUGUUUGAGUAGGAACGAGAAAGGGGUAAAUGGGUAUAUACAUGCCAGGAUUUUAUUGCAACCUUGCAUUGAGUAAGCGGUCAUUAAGUUGAGUUUUUCUUAUUGUGUUAAAAGGGUAAACAAGUUAUCCAUUGAAUCAUUUUCACAGCUCAAUACAAGUUUAUCAUUAUUGUUGCAUUCAUGAGAUGUUUUUAGUUGACAUAGCAACGCAUUUAUUCCAGGAUGAUUGUAGUUGUAAAUACUUUUUAGCCAAAUAAAUAUUUUUAUACAUGA